UCUUGGUUUGAGAUUUCUACUGUUUUCUGCCAUCAGAAUUUGAACAAAAGAACUAAUUCUAAACAAAGAAAUGUAACUUGUAUCGCUGUAUAAUCAAUCUUCUUUCAAGAUCUUAUGAAAUUCCCUUUGAAUGGGUUUUAAUGCAGUUUCCUUUUGGUUGAUUUUCGAGAACUGUAAAGCUUUAGUAGCAAAAGAGUAGGGGUGGGAGAGACUUUUUCUUUGUGAAAUGUGGAAUGAGUUUAAUGUAAAACAAAAGAAAGCUAUGGGAAGCUAUAUAAUUGCAGGUUUUUGUCAAGUAUGUUAUUGUCCUUAUUGAGCAGGCGCUUCUUGGAUGCUGAUUCCAGGGACGCCUAUGGAUUCACUGUGAGACCUCAAAACAUACAAACAUAUCGAGAGUACGUUAAUAUCUACAAGGAAGAGGAAGCGGAAAGAUUAGAGAAAUGGAGGAUCUUCCUCGAACUUCAUGCAAAACAUACUGAACAAUGCCCUUCCGAAGAGGAAGAUAGUAAAACCUUGCAAGGUGAAGCUCCUGUGGUGAAAUAUAGGGGCUUUCUUCAGGAAGAAAAUAAAGAGACCUUAACUGCGGAAGCUUGUGAGGCAAAUGAAUUGGCUUCUAUUGAGGCAAACGAAGAGACUGCUUCUAAGAAGCAACACGAGGUGACAUUGCAGACUGAAGGUACACAAUUUAAUAAAGAUGCUGCUUUGGAGGAGGAAUGUAAGGUGAUGCUGCAAGGUGAAGCAAUUAAAGUGAAAGAGGAGGUUGAUUCUCCAGAAAAAAGUAAGGAUACUUCAGAGACUGAAGCCAUCAAGAUAGAAGAAGAUGGUGCUUCAGAGAGGAGCAAGGAAGGAGAUGUUCCAAGUGUGAAGCAUGAUUCUGCUAGUUCAAUAGAAAGUUUUGUUUAUUCAAUGGAGAAUGCAAGAGAAAAGGAGGUGCAGCUUAUAGAAGAAACGAAGACACGUAAGGUCCACAGAUGGGCUAAGACCAGACCAGCCCUUUGUGCCAUUGAGAAUUUGAUGAGUUCAAAGGUUAAGAGAAAGAAUAUGAAUGGAACAAGAUGCCAUCUUCCAUCAAGAAAAGAGGGAAGACUUUCAGAAGGAGAAUCUCAGGAUAAGUUUGAGGGAAAGGUAUGUGUUCAUGAGAUCUCAGCUAGAGAAGGAAGUAUUACAGACAAUGGGGAUUAUGACGAAUCCUUUUUCCCUUGGAAAGAGGAGCUGCAGAGCCUUGUUCAUGGAGGAGUGCCAAAGGAUCUAAGAGGGGAGGUAUGGCAAGCUUUUGUAGGCGUUAAGGCUCGGCGAGUGGAGAGAUAUUACGACGAAUUGCUAGCUAAAGAAAACCAUGAUGCUGAUCAACUUAGUAACUCAUCCGGUGUGUUUGCAAAAUGGAGAAAUCAGAUUGAGAAGGAUAUACCGCGGACUUUUCCUGGUCAUCCAGCUCUGAAUGAUCAUGGAAGGGAUUCCUUGAGGCGUUUACUUUUAGCAUAUGCUCGGCAUAAUCCAUCUGUUGGAUAUUGUCAGGCAAUGAAUUUCUUUGCUGGAUUAUUGCUUCUUCUUAUGCCCGAGGAAAAUGCCUUUUGGACCUUGGUGGGCAUUAUUGAUGACUACUUUGAUGGGUACUAUACAGAGGAAAUGAUAGAAUCCCAGGUUGAUCAACUUGUAUUUGAAGAGUUGAUGCGUGAAAGAUUUCCUAGAUUGGUCAAUCAUCUGGAUUACUUGGGAGUGCAGGUGGAAUGGAUUUCUACACCAUGGUUUCUUUCAAUUUUCGUAAAUAUACUUCCUUGGGAAAGCGUUCUUCGAAUUUGGGAUGUGAUUCUAUUUGAAGGAAGUCGUGUUAUGCUAUUUCGAACGGCCCUUGCUUUAAUGGAGCUACAUGCUCCUGCCAUAGUUACAACUAAGGAUGCUGCGGAUGCUAUCACUUUGCUGCAAUCCCUUGCAGGCUCAACGUUUGACAGCAGCCAACUUGUUUUGACAGCCUGCAUGGGGUUCUUAGCUGUGACUGAUGAUAAAUUAAAUAAAUUGAGAGAAAAGCAUAGACAAACCGUGCUAAUGAUUGUCGGAGAAAGAGCUAAAGGAUCUCAAGUUUCAGAAGAUUCAAAACGAAUUGCUUCUAAGCUGUAUAGUUUUAAGCAAAAUCGUGGACAGGAUGAAACAGAUCCUGCUGACGAUGACAGAAACAUGUUUAAGUUGGAGCCCCGUUUCUCUGGUCUGGAUGAAUUGCUCUGUAGCCUAAAUUCAGAUUUAGAAGUUGGGACCUUUCCAUCUCUUCAGGAUCAGGUUGAUAGGAUGAAGAUUGAGUUGUGUACGUUGCUUGAGGAAAAAAGAGCUGCUGUACUCCGAGCUGAGGAGCUUGAGAUAGCACUUACGGAGCUGGCCAAAGAAGAUAAUCGACAAGAAUUGAAUGCAAAGUUAUAUAUUGAACAGUUAGUGCAAGAGGUGGCUGAUCUACACCAAGCUCUUGCUGUUAAGAAAGAGCAGGAAGCUGCAGUGGUUAAGGUUUUGGUGCACCUGGAGCAGGAACAAAAGGUACUCGAAGUUGCUCGCAGAAAUGCAGAGAAAGAGGCAGCUGCCCUGAGAGAAGCAAAUUCCGUGCUUCAGGAAAAAUACGAGAAGGCCUUGGCUUCUAAUGUUGAGUUGGAGAAGAGGGUGGUUAUGGCAGAAUCAAUGUUGGAGGCUACCUUGCAAUAUCAAUCUGGCCAUCCUAAACCACCAACUUAUUCGCAGACUCGGCCGGACAAUCCAGAACGAAUGGGGGGCCUAUUGUCAAUUGGACGCUGGCGUGAUAGAAACCAGGAAAAACUUAAUGUCGAAGAGCCCAACUCAAGCAGAACACAAGAAGAAACCAACAGAGAAGGCCAACAGAAGAGCUCUAAAUAGGGACAGUCCUGGUGCUGUAUUAUGCUU